GCUCCCUGUCGUCUCUGUGUCCCCUCACUUCCGGCCUCCGGGCAUCUCUUCUCUGCUGCCGUGAUUUUCCCUUUUUUCCACUGCACUUUCUUUUCUUUUCUUCCUGGGGGGAGGCGGCGGAGGGAGGAGCCCCUCCUUCCUCUCCCCGCCUCGUCUCUAUGCUCUCCUCUUAAGGCCUCCCCGCCUCCGGGACUGAGUGGGGGCGGGAGAGGUCUCAGCCCCAUUUCUCCGGCGUGUUCGUUGCCCUCCCGCUCCCAACCCUUUUCUCUCGUGAGUCGAAGGCCGCAAGAUUCGCACCCACGGCUGGGGGGGGGGGAUUGAGGGGAAGAGAAGAUGGCGCAGGCCUUGUCUGGAGAGGAGUUCGAGCGCAUGCAGGCACAACUGCUGGAACUCCGGACCCAGAAUUACCAGCUCUCCGAUGAACUGCGCAAGAAUACGGCGGAGCUCAACGGCCUCCGGCAGCGGGUGGUCAUCCUGGACAAGGAGUUUUCCAAGGCUCAGAAGGCUCUCAGUAAGAGCAAAAAAGCUCAGGAGGUGGACGCCUUGCUGAGUGAAAAUGAAAUGCUGCAGGGGAAACUGCACAGCCAGGAAGACGACUUCAGGCUGCAGAACAGCACUCUGAUGCAGGAGCUCUCCAAGCUGUGCUCCCAGAUUGAACAGUUGGAGAAGGAGAAUAAGAGCCUCCGGGAAGGGGAAGCGGCAGCCACUGAUGGAGGAGCUCCGGCCAGCACUGUGGACGGGGAGCUGCUGAGGCUGCAGGCGGAGAAUUCUGCUCUGCAGAAGAACAUGGCAGCUUUACAGGAACGCUACGAGAAGGAGGUGGCUCGGCAGGCAGACAGCCGAGGGAGCGGGAAGGGGGACGCCUCUGCGGAAGCUUCUCCCGGUGGACAGGAGGGUUCAGAGCCACAGACGUCUGGCGGCUGCAGCAGCAGCAGUGGCGCCGCCCAGCAGCUACUGUCGGAGGUGGAGCUAAAGUGGCAGACGGAGCGGGAGGAGAAGAGGCUGCUGAGAGAGCAGCUGCAGAACCUGGAGGUUUCCAAAUCGACAGAGGUGUCCCGGUUGCAGCAAGAACUCAGCAAGUUUGCUGAGAAGCUAAAGAAGAAGCAGGAGAGCUUUCUACGACUGCAGACGGAAAAGGAAGCUCUCUACAACGACAGCAGGACCAAAAUCGAGGAGAUCCAGCAGCGGAAGGAGGAGGAGGUCAAAUCCCUGCAGGCUCGGAACCAGAAGCUGCAGCAAGAAGUCCAGACGGCGAGCCAGGGCUGCUCAGAGUUAAAGGACCAACUGCAGAGCUGUCGAGAAAAGCAUGAAGUGGCCCUGCGCGCUCUACAGGACCAGGUUGCUUGCCAAAGUGCAGAGAGCCAGGAACAAGUGGAGACUAUUCUGUCUGAAAAUGAUGCCUUGAGAACCAGUCUGGCAGCAUUAGAACAGAUCCAGACCUCCAAGACCCAAGAGAUGAACCUGCUGCGGGAUCAGGCAGCCGCCCUGGGGGCGGAAGUGCAGCAGCAGCAGAGCGAGAAGGAGGCCCUGGCUGCCCAGCGGGGUGACCUCAACACGCAGCUGCAGGAGUCACUUCGGGCCAACACUCGUCUCCUGGAGCAGCUGCAAGAGCUCGGGCAGGAGAAGGAACUCUUGUUGCAAGACCUCGACGAAGCCAGAAAGACAGCGGAGAAGCGCAAGGCCAUGCUCGACGAGAUGGCCAUCGAGACCCAGCAGGAGAAGGGGCGCCACAAGGAGGAGCUGGGCAACUUCCGGCUGCAGCACGAGAAGGAGGUGCUGGCCGUGCGGGCCCGCUACGAGCGGGAGCUGCGGGAGCUGCAUGAGCACAAGAAGCGUCAGGAGGACGAGCUGCGCGGCCAACUGAAGGAAGAGAAGGCUCGCAGCCAGGAGUUGGAGACCAUGCGGCAGACGGCGGAAGAGCUGCGCCUCCAGAUCCAGUCCAUGGAUGGCACCAAAGGCUGGUUUGAGCGACGGCUGAAGGAGGCAGAGGAGCUGAUAGAAAAUCACCAGCAAGAACACGAGGAGGCCCUGCGCGUUCUGAAGGAGCAGCAUUUGGCAGACCUGCAGCUAAAGGACCAAGAGGUGGAAGCAACCAAAGAGAGUUUGCGCGAAACCGAAAGAGUCAGAGACGGACACGUAGAGGCAGUCAACCGGCUGAAGCAGGAGGUGAAGGACACAGCUGACGGGCAGCGGAUCCUGGAGAAGAAAGGAAGCGCUGCGUUGAAGGACCUAAAGCGGCAGCUCCACCUGGAGCGGAAGCGAGCGGACAAACUCCAGGAGAGGCUCCAGGAAAUCUUGACCAACAGCAAGAGCAGGACAGGGAUGGAGGAUCUUGUCCUGGCGGAUAUCAGCUCACCAAGCCGGGCGCAGACGGGCGACAGCAGCAGCAUCUCCUCCUUCAGCUAUCGUGAGAUCAUGAAAGAAGGCUCCGGGGCUGGCAGUAACAAGGCUGGAAGCGCGGACGGCCGUCAACUCUUUGCUCCGGGGGCGGGAAAGCUUCAGGCUCAGCAAAUCUCUCGGCAAGUUAACCAGCACGAGAAGCCGGGACACGGGCCGCGAGGGACCCCGGCUGCCCCAGCGCCGCCGAGUGCAUCCCUGCAGCCGUGCGUCGGCCGCCCUUCUUUGGCCAGCGUGGACCAUGCUAGGGGUCUACGGCUCAGACCCCCCGUGGGGCACCGCCUAGUGAAGGGGCUAAUCUGGGGCAGGGGCAGCCCGAAUGAGCCUGGCCUUAUGAUUUGGAUGAUGGAGCAAAGGCGGCUCAAGCAAAGGUCCCUUCUGGCCCAAUCCCGGGAGCACAAGCAGGCCGAGUGGGCUGAGGCCCUGAAUGACGGCAGAGAGCGGACUGCCCGGCUCCAGCGGGAAGGGGUGAGCUUGACGCCCCCAGCACUGGAGAAUUCUCAAGAGGCAAACAGAGACACUUCCACCCCCACCCGUCUUCGGAUUGAAUUGGUGCUGGAACUGAUGAACCUUUGUCCAAGAAAGCUCCUCACGGCCACCUCCUGCGCCUCCCCCAUCCACACAGAUUCAUUCGCUGGUUUUGGUCCCCUGCUUGUCUGCCCCUCUAAAUGGGGGCUGCAGCUGCUGUUAGACGGGACCCGCCUGGCGUGCCCGGCAGUUUGCUCUCUGUUUGCUCUCCGAGUUCGGUUUCACCCCCGUCCCCCAGCAGAGCUGCUGGCUUGCUCCUCCUGGCAGACAGCAUUCCUACGGGGAAAGACCCCAAAUUUACAUCAGCCCCCUGAAGAGAUGAGAUCCAUCGCCGGCUUUGGGAAAGGACAGUGGCAGGAGGCAGCCCGAGGAGCUAGCUUGAGGAUGAACAAGAAGCUGCAGAACAUGCUGGAGGAGCAGCUGACGAAGAACAUGCACUUGCAGAAGGACCUGGAAGUUCUCUCCCAGGAGAUUGUCCGCCUCAGCAAAGAGUGCGUCCCGUCCCCCGAUGCCGAGCCCGACUUGGACAACGACAUCUGAGCUCAGUUCCGUCCGCCGGGCCGGCCCCUUCGCUUUACCCCCAGCGUGGCGUGUGGGGCGAAACCAGGUCCUUCCGCAUCCUUCUCGGCUUGAUCUCUCCCAUCCUUUUUCUGUUUUGGGUUGGGACAGCGUUCAUCCCCCUGUCCCCUUCUCUCAGCCCGGCAAACACUCCCCCCCAAACUACCUCCCUGCCUUUCCCCCACCCUCUCUCCAAUUUAUUUCACCUGCAUAGCCUGGUUCUGUUCUCAGUAUUUUGCCUGGAGAGCUGUGAACUGCUGAGCCUGCUCUGAAACGAGCUGUAGCACUCCUUGUGGUCUGGAGGUCAAACCGCGGCCUGGUUCUGAAAAGGGUUGCAUUCACAGGUGGAAACGUUGGAUGCUUUGGUUUGGCAUAACAGGAGCUGUGAGGUUGGCGGAGAACACCAUGGCAUAACAUUGUCCUGGAAACGAAGGAUUAAUGGAUAACUUAACCGUCCUGCUUCCUCUGCCUCCACCCAGCCAAGAACAUGAUCUCACAGUAUCUUCCCUGCAAUUCACUCGGAUUCUGCCUUCUCCUGCUUUUAUUUUUCCCCCGGGCCCUUCAUUUUGCAUGCUUGGUCAGUCCCAGACCUCCUUGUCCCAGCUCUGUCCAGCUAUUGCUGCUGUGAAUUUAAAAACAAAAGAGAGAGAGUAAAAUAUUAUAGAGAAAUAUAUAUGUACAUAUUAUAUAGAUAUAUAUAUAUAUUUGUGCUGACUCCUUCCUGUGGGAUGAGGCAGAACCCGAACAGAGCGUUUCUUCCGGCUGCCCUUCUCCAGUCGGGGGAGGGGAGCACGAGUGGUUUGUUUAAUGGAUCAUGACUUAACCCAAAAGGCUGUAAUUGUUGAGCAACUGAUAAUAUGCAAACAAUUUUGGUUUUUGACCAUCUCAAA